AUGGUUUCAAUACGGCUCACCCAGGAUGAAAUGCACCACCUUUUGGAAGAGCAAGGAAAUGUCGGGGUUCGCUGCUGUUUACAGGCGACUACUGCGACCACUACGGGGUCACAGGUGGCUUUCGAUUACCUCAAUAAAGGAGCCGCGAACGUCAUUUUCAAGAUCCGACCAGAACUCAACUCAAGCGCGAAACGGUUCCAGUUCGUCGAUGUAUCCCCAAAGGACAAGCUGUCUGGAGUAGCCACACCAGUAGCCCACCAAAAUCUGAUGGGUACAGUUCUCCGAGUACCAAGGGGCGGCCAAAAGCACCUCUCAUCCCUAGAAAUCCUUGACGGUUUCGAGCAUGCAAUCCGCCCACUCUUCUUACCAGGUACCUGUACUAAAACCCAACUCGACCGGGAUCUCACGAAGCACCUAAUGGAUCAUGAAGGCGUGCUACUAUUCCCAGAAGUCAUGAACCAUCUCUACACUCGAGUCGAAAAGCUCACCUUUGCAAACACGCAGUCGCAACGCAAAUGUUGGGGAAUUCUUCUACCCGAUAUGUCGCCUACAUCAGGACAAUCGAUAAUGAUCGAAGUGAAGCCAAAGUGGCUUGCGCAAUCCCCCAACGCACCACCUAAAGCAAUCCGCUGCCGCACCUGUGCCAUGCACGUAUCUGUGCCCAAGAAACGCGACAACUACAUCUGCCCGCUUCAGUUACUCCAUGGAAAUUCGGCAUCACUCCAACCAUGGUCACAGACAACAGUCAUGCGACAAUUCGACGGAACAGCAUCACCAUCCCCCGUAGUCGUUUCAGGCAUUGCAAAAGCCCUGCUGGACUACGUCACAGUAGGCGACGGAAUCAUUCUACUACAACACCUUCUCAAUCUGCAAAGUUCCCUUGACCCUUGUGGCGUCCUUUGUCGACCCCAGGUAGAUUCUGGUACAUUCGAUCAUAACCUCCGGCUCGCAAUGACGUUGAGAGACUGUUCGCUCUUCAUCAAAAUCACGUACAAUACGGCGGGUGUCACUGUGAUUGAGUCGAAACUUGGCGAUCUAGACUUCAAAUCGGCGGAGAAGAUUGUCGAUUGGAUGGACAAGGAGAAACAAUUGUUGCGUGAUGGUUCCUAUACUGUGAGCGCGAAGCAAAGCCCGAUAUGUUGGCUCCAGCGGGUGCAGGGAGUGAGUGAUAUUGUUCAGGUGUGGAAGUAG